ACAAUUAUUUAUAUUUAUUUAGAUGUAACGGGCUGAUGAAAUGGCAAUAGUUCCAUGCUUGCAAAAGAAUCCCAUAUCAAAACUCCAGGAGUUUGCCCAGCAGGGGCGAAUUUUUUCCCCUAAAUACGAAGAUUUGUCCAGUACAGAAGGGAAACCAGGAUGGAAGUUCGUUUAUCAAGUCUACACUCGUUCAAAAGUACCUGCAAACAAUGCAAAUUGUCUUUACUCUCAGCUGGGGUAUGAUCAAUUCUAUGGUUAUGGAAACUACAACUAUAGAGACUAUUCUUGCAAAGGAUAUGGUUCAUCAAAACGAGAGGCUAAAACCAAUGCAGCUGCUAAGCUUUUCAGUGAGUUGUGUGGGGUGAAAAAGCCUCUUUCAUCUAGUUACACACUACAUGAAACUGGUGGUCAAGAUGUAGCAGAGUGUAAGAAAAACCCAAUCAGUAUCAUACACGAGUACACUCAGAGGAAUUCUUUGGAGCUCACAUUUUCAGAUGGAAUUGAGCAAGGCAUGUUUAGUUGUAAAGUUAAAGUUGGUGCUAUGGAAAUGACUGGACUAGGGAUGAACAAGCGUGCUGCAAAGAGUUCUGCUGCAGUCAAAAUGAUGGAAGUUUUACAAAAAUUGAAGGAAGGAGAACAGGGGACCAUGAAACCAUUAAAUAUCAAUGAGCCACCAUCAACCAAGACCAGAAACAACCGAAAGAAGAAAAGUGGCCCUAAGACAACUAAAGAUAACCAAACUACAAAUGAAAACGAGGAGGAGAAAGAAAAGUUUGUUCUUCCUACAAUUGAGGUGUCUUCAGGGAAACACCCCAUAUCCUUGCUUCAGGAGUUUUGUCAGAAGGUUGGCCUCGAAGUACCAGUCUAUGCGAGAAAGGGGAUAUUCCACACUAAGUUAUCACGAAAUAGGAUCCAGAAUUUUGACAUGUUUGUGACAAUAAAAGUUGGAGGAAAAGAACACUUUGCCUCAGGUUGCGGAACUACCAUCAAAGCUGCAAAAGCCCUAGCUGCCAACAACAUGAUAAAGCAAAUAGAGAACAUACGUGAUGAGAUUCAAGCGACAAUAAAAGACAUGAAACCUGUUAAAGCCGCGACCACACCCAGCCCAACUUUAAAUUCAGAGCCCAAAACAGAAAAGAAUAAGAUUCACGAGAUAGAUCCUCAGAGUCAGAUGAAUCCUCUAGCUCUGGUCAACCAGCUGUUUUCUCCUGAGAUCACAGUUGAAGAAACGCCAGACAAACCCGAUCACAGAAAGGAGUUUGUAGUGACUCUGAAAAUAAACGAGGAGACGUACAAAGGAACGGGAAACAGCAAGAAGAAAGCGAAAGUGAUCGCUGCUGCUGCAUGUUUGGAAGAGAAAGUUGGACAUUGCCAAUACAACACGGUCGCAAUGGCCCAGUCCUGGAAUGCAGACGACUUCACCCCCUCCGAGCUGGGUUUCGCUAAAACAGUAGCUAAUCUUGUGCAGCAGAAGUAUGAUCUGGUCAGUAAAGAUGUUCAGGAUCAUGAGCAGAAGAGGAAAGUUCUCUCUGGCAUCCUCAUCAGAUCCUGUGAUAAGACUGAUGUAAGCGGUAUAGACGACCUACAAGUACUAGUAGUAGCAACAGGUACCAAAUGUGUGGACGGUUCCAAGCUCUCUUCUAACGGACAGGCCCUGAAUGACAGUCACGCUGAAGUACUGGCUAGGAGAGCCUUUAAGAGGUUCCUGUUGGAGCAGGUCAAGAGGUUCCAUAAUCAGGAGAGCAGUAUUCUGAUCAAGAGUGAAACUCCUCCUUUCUUACUCAAAAUCAAACCAGGUCUCUCAUUCCAUCUCUACAUCUCCACCUCUCCCUGUGGUGAUGCGCGCAUCUACAACAUGGCGAGCCCAGGAGAGAACGCUGCAACAGAGAACAAACAAGCACGUGGGGUACUGCGCAGUAAGAUAGAGUGUGGGGAAGGUACAAUACCUGUCAAUAACAUGAACUCAGUACAGACGUGGGAUGGGGUGCUUGCCGGGGAGAGGCUGUGCACUAUGUCUUGUUCUGAUAAGUUAGCUAUGUGGAAUAUAGUUGGAUUACAAGGAGCAGUGUUGACUCACUUUAUGGAGCCAGUAUAUUUUGACACUGUGAUUAUUGGGGGCUGUUUCAGCUUGUACCACAUUACUCGAGCACUUGUGAACAGAGUACAGAGUUGUGAAGGAUUGCCGGACUCUUACGCCAUGCACAAACCUCUCAUUCUACCUGUAUCUCAACAGGGUCAGAGGAUUCCGUCUAAAUCAUCGGGUUACUCCAUGAACUGGAUCUUAGGAGAGGGCUCUGUUGAAGUGACCAAGACAAACUCUGGAAAAUGUGUAGAUGACAGUGUCAGCCGGCUCUGCAAGAGUUCACUUUUCACAAAGUUCCAUGAAGUUUGUGAGAUAGUUGCUUCCAACAAACCCUACGCCGGAAGAAUGUACCUAGAGAUAAAGAAGGAUGCCAGUAACUACCAGCAAGCUAAGAAAAGCGUUGUUGACAACUUCAAGAAGAGUGGACACGGCAACUGGAUCGGGAAACCGAUUGAGCAGGAUAUGUUCGGUGUUUAAACGCUUAUCAGUGUUAUCUCGACUAGACAAGAUCUCCUACUUUAAAUCUUAUCUCACAUAUAUUAUCUUAUCUUGCAAACUUUUAAAUGAAAUAAACU